AUGGAUCUUUCGAACCAGUGUGAACAAAACUCUGCCUUCCCUGGUACUGGAUUGCUUCACUGUCCUCGCACGGGAGAAGGGGUCAAGAUGUGUCAAUCGAAAGGAAAAGCGGUGAUAUUGUCCCUCGGUGGUGCCGCCGGUGCAUAUGGGUUCUCGGAUGACGCUGAGGCAAGGGACUUUGCGCAUACCAUUUGGAAUCUCUUUUUGGGUGGAUCUUCCGGAACGCGGCCAUUGGAUGAUGCCAUACUGGAUGGUGUUGACCUCGAUAUUGAAGGAGGGUCGACAAUAGGUUACCCGGCCUUUAUUGCAGAGUUGCGUUCGCUGUUUGCGGCCGAUUCUAGGAAACAGUACUACAUCUCUGCUGCCCCUCAGUGUCCCUUCCCUGACGCAUACCUGGGAGCAACACUUCAGUCAGCAUGGGUCGACAUGGUCUUUGUGCAGUACUACAACAAUUACUGUGGUACACAGGCCUAUGGAUCCUUUAACUUUAACUUUGAGCAGUGGGACAACUGGGCAAAGACCAUCUCUGUCAACAAGAAUGUUAAGGUCUAUCUCGGUGUCCCUGCCAGUCGAACCGCUGCCAACGCCGGUUAUGUCAGUAUCGAACGGCUCGAGGAGAUUAUGGACAAUGUUCGAUGCAAGUACAGCUCCUUUGGAGGUGUCAUGAUGUGGGAUAUCUCGCAGUCUUAUGGCAACUUGGAGUCCGGUACUGAGUACAGUGUUGCUGCCGCCAGUCGUCUUAAGCGACCAAGACACCUUGUCUGCGGUGGAGAUGACCCCGCGGUGGUCCAAGCACCAGCCCCAGUGCCUCCGCCAGCACCUGUUCCUCCACCACCAGCGCCAGUCCCACCACCAGCGCCAGUCCCACCAUCAGCGCCAGUCCCACCACCAGCGCCAGUCCCAGCGCCAGUCCCACCACCAUCUGAACCGGCCCCUCCUCCUGCGCCUGCUCCACCUCCAGUUCCGGUUCCUCCACUAUCUGAAGCAGCUCCUUCUCCAGCGCCAGUACCACCCUCACCAGUUCCUGCUCCUGCUCCAGCCCCCGUUCCUUCACCUGCACUAACGCCUGCACAAGCUCCCUCGGUGUCAAACUCCUCUGGAGAUAACAAAGAGCCGUCAAAGUGUCCAAUCAAGGAUGCUGCGUGCAAAUGGAUCUUGCAGCCCUGUGCACCAGGAACGUACUGCACAUCCCGCGGCUGCGACUUUAUCAAGGGGCCCGUCAAGAACUGCUCAGACACCGAGUACGAAAAGAAGGCCGAGAUGGUUAUGAGGAACCAGAUGCGGGAUGCCAUUGAUUUGAUGUGGGGUGUAUUUGGGAACGUUGUCGACACGACCUGGGAUAGCUAUCCUGAGUUUAAUGAUGAUGGAGAUGAGGAAGAUGAGGACGAGGACUCUGUCGACAAUGGCCAGCAGGACAAUACUGCCUCUCAGCAACAACCACCACAACAGCAGGGACAACAACAGCAACAGAAGCCAUUUACCUUCCCAGAACGUGUCGCCGACGCCCAGGCAAAAAUCAACAAGGCCAAAGACAAGGAUACCUCUGACGACUACCUCAUCGAUUUCGUCGAACUCGAAUCCGGACAAGACUUUGUCAGUUUCGCACUCAGCCCCACUGAGGCCGAGUCCGCGACCACCAAAACCUUCAGGACUCAAGUCCGGAUCCGCACCAACGACGAGGCCAUCAACCCCCUCUGGCGGGUCUCGUUCUUUGUCAGACCGGGCGAGACCGUCAAGUCUGUCUCCCGAGGCACCUUUGUCCAGAACGGUCCCCGUGUGUUUAUUACGAGCAAGCCCAAGGAGGAGGCUCACAAGAGCAUGGUAGUCCGGUUUGUGAUUGAAGGUGUCCGGACUGUUGAUCCUUUAAGCAAUAGUAUUAACGUUGCUACUGUCUUGCCGGAAUCAGCGGGUCAGGAGCAGCCGGAUCUGUUUGCGCCUCAGGGUCUGCCUGAUCCUGCGUUUGCCAGGUUCGAGACCAAGGCCAUCAAGUUGUAG